AUGGGGCCUCCCAGCCCUUUAUCCUUUAGGCGGACAGCCAUCCUCGGUCUGCUGUCCUUCGGCACCCUGAUCCCCUCAGCAUUCGCCGUCAAGGAACACGAUUUCAAGAAAUGCCACCAGUCUGGCUUCUGCAAGCGCAACCGUGAUUAUGCCGACAGCAUCAACUCCAAGGGCUCAGCGUGGACUGCCCCAUACGAUAUCCUCCCCGACUCAUCCUCCUUUCAGGAUGGUCAGCUUGAAGCUGUCAUUCUCAAGACUAUCAACGACAACAAGGAUACGGUUCGACUGCCAAUAACCAUCUCUUUCCUCGAGUCUGGCACUGCCCGUGUUACUGUCGAUGAGGAGAGGCGCCAGAAGCAAGACAUCGAAUUGAGGCACAACAGUAAGAUUCGCAAGGAGCGAUUCAACGGUGUGGAGAAUUUGGCCAUCACCGGCGGGCUCAACUUGGACACGGAGGCCAAGGUUACACAUCAGGAUAAGUCGCAUAUUACGGUCGCAUACGGUCCUUCCCACAAAUUUGAGGCAGUGGUCAAGCUCUCGCCCUUCGGCAUUGAAUUCAAGCGCGACGGCGCCACUCACAUCAAGUUUAACGAUGGCGGACUACUGAACGUGGAGCACUGGAGGCCCAAGAUUGAGAAGCCCGUUGAGAAAGUCGAGCCAGCCGCCGAGGGCGAGCAGAAAGCCCAUCGAGGGCGAAGAGGCGGCAACACCCGAAACGGUGGUUGGUAA